CGGCGGAACAUGGAGUGAAUUAAAAUGUGUCAGUUAGAUGUUUCGGUUUACAGGCGAAUUAUAAUAAUUUUAUAUUGCUAGUUAAUAUGUGCUGUAACAGCUAGCUAAAAGGCACAACUAGUUUAAAGUGUAUUACUCAUAGACUGUAGCUAUAUAAGAAGGUAUUACUAGCUACACGAUCCUGUUAUGCUUGCCACCAAGCGAACCUAGCUAGCUUAGCUAACGUUAGCUGUUAUCAUUAACGGUAAUGUAACGUUCAUGCUCACAAAAAAAAUCUGAUACAACAGUGGAUUUGUGUUUAAAUUUUACUUUAGCGAGCGUCGUCACAGUAAACAGUAAUUUUCUUGUCCAGUAAUAUUUAAAAUAUGGAUAAGUCCACCGCGGUAAGCGCAGCAGGUGGAGAGGCUGAAGAUAAAUGUUAUAUCUGUCUGAGCCCCUUUGAAAAGCAAAUAAUAGCCUCUCUGGAAAACUGCCAGCAUGUCUUUUGCAUUGAUUGUAUACUCCAGUGGUCCCAGACAGCCAACACUUGUCCCGUGGAUCGGAUCAGUUUUGCUUUCAUCCACCAGAGACGGUUUCCUGGAGGGCCGAUCCAAAACAAGAUCAAAGUGAGGACAAAGAAAAGGGAAGAUGACGAUGAUGAGGAAGAAGAAGAGGGGAACAACACUGUUAUCUGCGAGGAAUGUGGACGCAGCGACCGCAGGCACCGGCUGCUAAUGUGCAUACACUGUGAUUCAGGGUAUCAUAUGGACUGCUUGACUCCAUCACUAAACACUGGCCCAGAAGGUGACUGGAUUUGUGCUGAGUGUGCGGUCACUCCCCAGCAUACAGAUGGCUCCGUGGUGGAGGAUGAGAUCAGUGAUGGAGAACUGACGGACCUCCUAGCUGAAGUAGAUCAAACCUCAUCUACCAGCAGUCGCCUUCGUCCCUCCACUGUAAAUCGUCCGAGCAGCUCCGCUGAUCGACGACACAGUCAGAGGAUCCAGAGCAGAGCCGGCGCCAAUCCCCAAACUUCCUGGCAUGUACCUAGAUACCUGUUACGGGCAACAAAGCCUGCAGUAACAGCAGUUGAAGUAGCUGCACUUCCUCACAGUGACACCAGCAGUGCUGCGGUCUAGUUAAAGACAAGAAGGAAGCAUUCUACGUGAGCUCCUGACAGCAAGAGGAGAGUUGUUGUUCAGUGUGUGUCAUCAGUUCCUGAUGAAGGCGCUCCUGUCAUACAUUACCACAUGGUGUCAGCAGUGUGUUAUAGACAUGAACCUGACCAGAGGAAGAAGUUGUUUAUUUCAGUAAUACUGUUUCAUCUUAAGUUGAAUGUUUUUGUUUUACUUUAGUUCAAAGAUAAGUCUGACAUUCUAUACUUUUCUUACUGUCAAUAAAUCCCAUGAAAAUACCAUUUUCCGCCUCUCAGCACUGUAUAACUAGCCGACCCGGUCUGUAGCAUUCGGUCCAUUAGUUACUACCGAAGAGGUAAAUCUAACAGGAGUAAAUAGUGCAUUUAUUUUCAGUGUAGGAUUAAUACUCAUUGGGUGCUAUAGUGAGUAUUUAUGGCAGCAGGAUGGAGAAUGUGGGAUUAAGCCAAACUAAACUGCAGUGUGUGUGUGUUCAUGUAAAUGAAAUGACCCACUGCAACAUUGUGGCUCACCACCAACCACUACGACUAAUGUACCACCUGCUGUACCUCUUCGGCCAUAGCCGCUCACUUUUUAAAUCGAUCUUUUUUUAAUCCGAUUUUUUGUUGUAUAAUUAGAUAUAAACUUAAUUACCUGCUUUGUAAAAUGAGUUUCUUCAGAGUAAGCCACCUCCAAUCUACAAAAUACACAAUCAUAUGUCGAUAUGUCCAAAGUAGAAGCUGAACGCAAGCAUUUACAAUAACGCAUCUUUUUAAAUACUGCAUUUUAGAAACAUGACUAAGAGUCUACAGCCACUCUCACCUCUGAGAAGCUGUACUUCCAGCGAUACUUUGAGCUGAAUGCUAACUUCGACAUGCAACUUUUCUUACAAUAAUUUCUAAUGCCAACAUGUUGAUGUUCAGCAGGUAUUAACCAUGUUCACAAUCUUAGUUCAGCAUUUAUGCUAAUAUUAAGGAGCACUAAGCAUUAAUUACAGCUGAGGCUGGAGGUAAUGUCAUCAUAAUGCCGGUUGAACAUUAAUGUCUUUUACAAAUUCCAAUCAAUGAAUAUCUCAAUACAUCAAACCUUUUGUGUCAAUCCAUUCAGUAGAUGUGGAGAUAUUUUAAUAGAUAAGGGAAAACUCUGACCUGCUGAUGACACUGAUAUAAAAGUAAGGGAGUCCCCAAAAUCAGUAGGAUUCAUCCUCUGGGGAACAUGAAUGUACAAACUUUAAUAGCAAUCCAUCAAAUAGCGCUGGAGAUAUUUCAAUGUGGACCGACAGACCGUGAAAGUGAAUAACUAUAAAUAGCUCUUAGUCUAAAGCACCUUGAGCAUCAGUGUAGUUACUUUGGUUCAGGUAGCACGGUUUGGGUGGACGAAGAUCGUAGGUGGACCUAGACCAAAUAAAGUAUGUGAAGCAACCGGAGUUUCUGAGGCUCCUCUACUCUUCUGCAGGAUUUCCUCAUCCCUCCUCCAGCAAGCCCUAGGCCAUCGCCUAGCAACACCAGCCUUUAGUCUCAUUUCUCAGGAUCUUGUUCAGCCGAACCCGAAGGUCUGUUGUUUCUGGUCAUCUGAUAUUAAAUCCCUCCUUUGAUGUCCAAAAUCUAUUGUCUGUUGAAUCAGACUGCCUUAAAAAUCAGAGCCAGUUUCUGAGAGAUGCAAGUAAUCCUUCCACCAAAAUAACUCUGAUAUGACAGUUCAGAUAUUAUAGCUCAUAUGUAUCAACGUUGAUCUGUGUGUAUAUGUAUGUGUGUGUGUGUGUGUGUGUGUGUGUGUGUGUGUGUUUUAUUAUCAGCGUGUGUUAUGAUUCAGUGGGCGGGUACUUAAGCCUGCAGCUCAUCUUGCCCUACUUUUCCCCUCAAAACAAUGGGCACAGUAAAAACAAAUGUUCACCUUUGUCGGCCAAACGUGUUUGCUGAGCAAAAUUGUUGAAAUUAACAAAAAUGUUCAAGACAAGUUUACACAAAAAAGCCC